GUUGGUCAGUCGAAGUGGCUCGCUCGUAGUGCGUCUUGGUCUAUAUUACAUUCGGCGUCAAACAUUUAGUGCAACAACAAUGCAAGUUGGGAUAAUUGGAGCCGGCAUUGUUGGAUUGACAACAGGACUUGAGUUACAAAAGGAAUUCCCGAACGCAAGGAUAUUGUUUGCCGAUCGCUUCAAUGAGGACACAACAAGCUAUGUAGCGGCUGGGAUAUUCCGACCAGGAACAAGCUUCACAGGUCCAACCUUGGAUAUCACUAAGUCAUUAUCUUGGAUUACUGAUGCUUAUCACUAUUGGGAUGAUAUCCGCAAAGCACCCGAUGGUCCACUUGCUGGAGUGUGCGAAAUGUCCGGGUAUAUUUUCUCCUCAAUCAACCCAAGUUUGGGUUUUAUUUCUAUUGUAUUGAAGAAUCAUUAUAUGGAAAAACUAGUGCCUGUCUACCGAAGUGCAACUGAAGAAGAAUUGAAGUUAUGUAAUGGAAAUUGGAAAUAUGGUGCUUUCUUCACGACUGUCCUCACCGAGAGCAAACGAUUUCUUCCAUAUGCUAUGCGAAAGUUCAAAGCUAAUGGUGGCCUUGUUUAUCCGAAGCAUAUUGACACCAUUUCCGACUUAAAGCAAGAUUACGAUGUAAUUAUCAACUGCAGUGGAUUAGGAGCAAAACAUAUUUUCUCGGACUACAAAGUUGUCCCGAUUCGUGGACAAGUUUUCAAAGUUAAGGCUCCAUGGAUAAAAAUGGCAUUCUAUGGAGAUUUAGAUACUUACAUAAUCCCAGGGUUUGAAAGCGUGACACUCGGUGGUUGUCGUCAAUACGAAAGUUAUAGCAUGGAAGUAUCUAAGUAUGAUUCGCAGGCAAUACAUGAACGUUGUUGUAAAAUGCUACCGAGUCUAAAGGAUGCAGAAAUUGUAACAGAAGCGGUUGGUUUAAGACCCCAUCGCGACGUUGUCCGUGUUGAGAAGGAAUUCAUUACAACAACGUCGGGAAAAGCAAUAAGAGUGGUUCAUAAUUACGGCCAUGGUGGUUAUGGGGUCACAACGGCUCCAGGAACAGCUAAACAUGCGGUGAAACUUGUUCGAGAAAUUUUAUCAACGAAUAGCAAACUAUGAUCUAUAUGUAUACUAUUAUAUUCUUUGUUGAUUGCAGGGUGCAAUGAAAAUAAAGUCUACUAAAUUUA